CAAUUUGGAAAUGUAAUGAAACACUCUCACCCAAAUUCUUGUCAUUCUCCUUCUUCCUCAUCCCUUUGAACGAGGUGGGCGAUAAUAAGAGAUGGAAGGUGCUGAGAUCAGUCUGUUCUGAAGCUUUUAUUAAUUUGCUGGAUUUCGAACUCCAAGCCUGUGUUGGUAAAUUAAAGCUAGCAUUACACUUUUGAGAAGAUAUUUUCAAGAGCAGAAUUACCAAUGCUGAGGAUUUUGGUUAGCAGUUUGCUCUUUAUAAAGAAGGAUAGUUUCCUGGAGGUUUUCUCAGAAGAUGUCCAGAAGCUCUGGAAUGAAUGGGAGCUCCGAUUUCUGGUUUUUUUUAGCCUCCUAUUACAAGUCAUUCUCAUCUUCUUUGGCAGCCGCAGAAAGUUCAGUGCUAGUAAUUGGGUGCGGGUCAUUCUUUGGUUAUCUUACUUGUCUGCAGACGCAGUAGCAAUCACUGCCCUCGGUGCCCUCUCCCACAGUCAAGGACAGACUGCCGCCCGCAGCAGCAGCAGCAGCAGCAGCAACAGCAACAGCAGCAGUGAACUAAUGGCUCUGUGGGCACCAUUUCUUCUGUUGCACCUUGGUGGCCCAGACACCAUCACUGCCUACUCCUUAGAAGAUAAUGAACUGUGGAUGAGGCACUUUCUUGGACUAUUGCAACAAUUUGGUAUUGCAGUUUAUGUUACGGUCAGGUCGUGGGCUUAUAGCCGAGUCUCUAUUCUUACUGUCUUCAUGUUUAUCCCUGGAAUUGUCAAGUAUGGGGAAAGGACAUGGGUUCUCAGGUUCGCGAGUAAGGAAAAUUUCAGAGACUCUAUGCUUGGUCCUCCAGAGGCAGGCCUCAAUUAUGCUAAAUUCAUGAAUGAUUAUGAUUCUAAGCAGGCCAAAGGGUCCCGAGUCACCGUGGCAAGGAUUGAAGAUUUUCAGUUGCAAAUGGACGACGAUAACCCAGAUGGCCAACGCGAUGAAGCUCAGCAGAAACCAGAUUCUUCACAUAGUACAGCAGAAGGCAAUGAAUCUCAUCUUCCUGAUGAUAAGGUUUUGCUUAUAGCAUAUAAAUCCUUUGAGAAAUUCAAGCUUCUCUUCGUGGAUCUCAUCUUAAGUGCUGAUGAGUGGAAGACCAGCAGAGAAAUCUUUCAAGACAGUUCAUCAACAACAGCUUUCAAAGUGAUCGAAAUGGAACUUGGGUUCACAUAUGAUUUACUUUACUCAAAAGCUCCCUUGGUUUAUUCCCCUGCAGGCCUGGUUCUACGUUGCAUCACCUUCUCAUCUAUAAUCACUCUGCUUGUGGCCUUCAUUACGGGUGGUAACCAUUACUACUUGCAUCACCACAUGGAGGUGGACAUCUUCAUAACUUACAUUUUGUUCAUUGGAGCAUUUAUUCUGGAGAUUUAUGCCAUCUUCAUUCUGAUUUCUUCUGACCGGGCAUUCCUUUGGCUAAGUAAGCCCAAUGCACACACUAUUCCAAGGCUAGUAUCAAAGCUUACAAAGAAAAGGCUAUCUUCCAGGAAAAGGUGGUCUAAUUCAGUGGCACAGUAUAACUUUAUAAGCGUUUGUGUGAAUGACAAACGUAAACCACCCAAAAUUUUACUUGUUGACAAAUUAGUAGAAAAAUACUAUUACAAAUACUCUAAGGAAGUCCUCUUUAAGUCGAAAGAAUUAAUCUUCAAAGAGCUGAAGAGAAAAUCAAAAAAAGUUGAGAAGAUUGAGGAUGUCAAGAAUUUGUGUGCAAGUAGAGGUGAUGGUGUACUUGGAAAUAACAGUCAUCUCCGGGAGAAGCUUCAGUGGAGUCUGAAUGAUGUAGAAUUUGAUCAGAGCAUUCUUCUAUGGCACAUUGCUACAGAUCUUUGCUACGAGUGCGAUAAUAAUAUUUCUCCUUUCGCAGAAUUGCAUCGUCAAACAAGCAAGUUAUUAUCAGAUUAUAUGUUGUAUCUUCUUAUAAUGUGUCCUUUUAUGUUGCCUGAAGGGAUUGGGCAAAUCAGGUUCAGAGAUACUCGUGAAGAAGCUGAGAGGUUUUUUAAAGAGACAAAUUCGAAAUUCGACAAAAUUAAAGCUUGUGAGAAGUUGCUUGAGGUGAACACAGAAAUUAGACCUGUUGAAGUGAAGGGAGAUCAAAGCAAGUCUGUACUAUUUGAUGCAUGUAGGCUUGCAAAAACUCUGCAAUCAUUUGAGGGAGAGAAGUUUGAUAAAUGGGAGAUAAUGUGUCAUGUGUGGAUCGAGAUGAUGUCAUAUGCUGCAAAUCAAUGCAGAGGGACUAACCAUGCUCAACAACUUAGACAAGGUGGGGAAUUUAUCACUCAUGUAUGGCUUCUAAUGGCACAUCUUGGUAUUGCACAACUGUUUCAAAUUUCGCAAGGGCAUGUGAGAGCUAUGUUGAUUUCUGGGUAACCAGGAUAGAAGAAGUCACUAAAUAAAUAAUUGGGAGUGUACUCCAGGAUUUUCUUAUCCUUGUAAUAUUUCAUAUUUGUAAAAUGUCCGCCAUUUUUCUCCUUAAAUCAAGAUUGCGUCAGUACCCUUGAAUGUUACCAAUAAAUCUAGUCCAUUAUUGUCCUUAAAGACAGAAUGUUUUAUUUUUCUUGUACUUUUACAAACAAAUCUAAAUAAGUUCUUAUGUCUUAAGAUCUUUUUUUUUUUUUUCGAAACCUUGUAUGGCUCAUGGAUUCAGAUUAAGUAUUAUAUAUAAGUUUGAUAGA